UGGUCAGGUGGAGGGGCUAUAAAUGCUUAGAACCUGCAGCUCUGUUCUGAGAAUGACACAGGAGGACCCACAUCUCCGUGCUGGCAGUUACAGGGAAAUAAUACGUUUGCACAGAGAAGCUCGGCAGCAGUUACUGCUCACUAUUCAUUCUUCAACUCAUCAAAGAGAGUAUUAGCAACGGGAGAGAAGCUGACAGGCUGCCGUUAAGGGAUCAGCAAUGCUUGGAGGAAUCCACACAGAUUUGUUGGUUGCAGUGACUAUUCUCUUUCUAACCCAGACAGGAACUCAGUGCAAGGCUGAAAAUGACUUUUCAUUAGUUACUUUACCAGACUGGAGGACAAACUCAGAAUACGUUACACAAUGUGACAACAAUCUGAUUUGUGACUGGACAAGGAAUGGAUCAUCUGUUUCUGCAGCAGAGGAUGUUGCAGUGAAUAUGUUAAAGAGUGGUCCACUGGGGAUGGAGGGCGAGGCCUGUCUAGAGUUUUGGUACCUGACCCCAGCUGCAGCUAAAGUGUCAGAACUCCAAGUUCUGCUAAAAAGCAGUGUUGGUCUGGUGGAAAUCUGGACCUCACCUGGCCUACCCGGGGAUUCGUGGAGACAAGUGUUUGUCCCCUUGACCAUCACUGAACCAGGGACUCAGGUUGUAUUGAAAGCAUCAUCAGCAGUGUCCAUGGAGGGACAGGUCGUUUUUAACCGGAUAGGAGUAAGAAAAGGCUCAUGUGGACAACAGUGUGAAUCUAACACAGAGUUAUGGACAGAUGAGUCCACUCGCUGCCUCUGUUCUGUUGGCCAGCUCUCCUGCUCUCCCUCUCAGUGCCCUGAGGGCCAAAUCUGUGGUCGUCAAACUGAAAGCUCCGGUGGGAUUUCCGCCUCUGGGACGUGCACUAUACACAGUAAUAGAGACUGCAGCACUUUUGAUGGAGCGCUGUUCCGCUUCAUGUCAUCCUGCACCUACACACUGGCUAAGACCUGCUCACCCAAUGAGACCCUGCCCCUAUUCAGUGUGGAAGUGGUCAGUGUCGAGAGAGGGAACUCAUCUCUACCAACUGUGCAGCAAGUCAUUGUGGAAAUGGGGAACUUGAGAGUGUCCCUGUUGAAAAAGCAGACACGCCGUGUUGUGGUUAAUGGGAUCUGGAGGAAGCUUCCACUUAAGCUCAGCAACAGCACUGUCAGCAUCAAGAGCAACCCUGCUGCCGUUAUACUGGAAACCACCUCGGGUCUUUCCGUCUCAUACGACACCGCUGGUGCUGUCCAUGUCACCUUGCCAUCCAUUUACUCUGAUCAUGUCUGUGGCUUGUGCGGAAACUUUAACUAUCUCAGAGGAGAUGACUUCAGAAAACGUGAUGGUAUAGAUGCCCAAGAUGCUACAGCUCUGGCCGAGAGCCUGCAGACUGGGCAAACUACCUCCUCCUGUGACACCAUUCCUGUACCUCAUCAGUGUGACCCUCUGGAAGAGGCUGAAUACGCAAGUGAGCUGUACUGUGGAGGUAUUCUCUCAAGUACUGGGCCCUUUGCUGAAUGUCUGGCAGCUCUGGGAGCCGAAAGCUACUUCAGGAGCUGUGUGGUCGGCAUGUGCUCUACUCAUGGUGACCUUGCGGUGCUAUGUGAGACAUUACAGGACUAUGCAGAUAUCUGCCGAGAGGCUGGAGUAGCAAUACCCAUAUGGAGGAACUCUACAGUCUGCUCCCAUCAGUGUGGUGAGAACAGCCAUUAUAACUCAUGUGCUGAUGGCUGUCCUGAAGUGUGCUCCAGCCUGGAUAUAGCUGGUCCCUGCGGAAGCUGUGUAGAAAGAUGUGAGUGUGACUCUGGCUUCAAACUCAGUGGGGGAAAGUGUGUCCCAGCAGAAGACUGUGGGUGCUGGUAUCACGGAAACCACUAUGAUAGAGGAGAAACAUGGCUGCAAGGAGAGUGUGCGUGGAAGUGCCAGUGCGUCGGUGAAAAUGUCACACAGUGCACUAAAAUGCAGUGUGCAGACAAUGAGAUCUGUAAGGUCAAGGAUGGGAUCAAAGGCUGCUACCUUCUCAGUCCCGCCACCUGCAGUGUGUACGGCGAUCCACACUAUAUUACAUUUGAUGGGAUGGCUUAUGAUUUUCAAGGGGGCUGCAGUUACACACUGGCUACCACGUGCGGAGAAGAAAGCUCAGUCCAGUUCACUGUCGUUGGACACAACAUGCAUCCUCCUCUUCAGAACGUUACACGGUCCAAGCUGGAAGCUGUGACUCUUCAGGUUGAGGAUCUACACCUUACCCUGAAGGAUAGUGGACAAGUCGAUGUGAAUAAUGUCCAGGUCCAACUUCCCUAUUCCACAGAAGGUGCAUAUGGCUCAGUACGGGUUGACAUGAAGAAUAACUUCAUUGUCUUGGAGACAACCUUUGGUCUCAGAAUGAUGAUAGAUGGGCAGAACAGACUCUUCCUGCAGGUGGAUGAGCGCUACAAGUAUGAACUGUGUGGACUAUGUGGCACCUACUCUGAUCAACAGGACGAUGACUUCAUAACAUCUGGAGGCCAAAAUGUUACUGAGCCCUUUGAGUUUGGUGAUAGCUGGAGGGUGCCAGACGAUGAUGAGUGUGUUGCUCAUCCAAAUAAUCCCAGACUCUGUGAUUAUGAAGAGGAGAAUGAUGCCUACAAUGAGUGCUACACCCUCCUAAGGGAUGCCUUCAAGUCUUGCCAUGAACUCAUUCACCCGAGCAUAUACAUCAACAGUUGUGUGUAUGACUACUGUGCCACAAAUGGUGACCAACACACCCUGUGUGAAUCUCUGAAGUCCUAUGCAGCAGCAUGCCAGGUUGCAGGAGUAGAGCUUCCCCACUGGCAGACAGAUACAGCCUGUGCUGAGCCCCCAACCACAAUUCCUCCAACAACUCGAACUCCUGCCUCACCAACACCAGAUCAAACUUUCUGUCCUAUGAAUUGUAACUUUGAAGAAAAUUUGUGUGGGUGGGAACAGCUCAUACAGGACAGUUUUGAUUGGACAAGGAAUUCAGGAUCCACCCCAUCAAAUCUAACUGGCCCAAACCAAGACCACACCACUGGAGCUGGUUUCUACAUGUAUAUUGAGGGAAAUAGUGCAACCUAUGGAGAUUCAGCCCGUCUGCUGAGCUCAGUGUGCCAUUAUAAUGGCCCACUCUGCUUGCAAUUCUGGUACCAUAUGUAUGGUUCAGCUACAGCCAUGGCGCUCAACAUCUACCUGCUCAAAGACAAUAAAGUCACCAAACUCUGGUCCAUGAUGAAUAACCAGGGACCAAAAUGGCAUCCAGUAUAUCUUGACAUCAGCGUGUCUGGACCAUUCCAAAUUAUCAUAGAGGGAAUUCGAGGCUCUGGUGCUAAAUCAGAUGUGGCCAUAGAUGAUAUAUCCAUCCACAUUGGCUCAUGCUCAGGUAACUUCCCUGGUCUGGUUAGUGGAACUGAGCUUCCUUCCACAACUGUAGAAAUCCUCCCCUCAUACCCAGUCUGCAAUAUUGACUGCAGCUUCGACAGCAACCUUUGUAGCUGGAAUCAGAUGGUCACAGAUGCUUUUGACUGGACAUGGCAAAGUGGUUCCACUCCCACCCUGAUGACCGGUCCCUCUGCUGACCACACUGGUGAUGGCCACUAUCUUUACAUCGAAGCCAACAGUGUGACACACGGAGACACGGCUCGUCUCAUAAGCUCAGAGUGUUCUGACUCUGGUCCUCAGUGUCUGCAGUUCUGGUACCACAUGUACGGUUCAGCCGACACAAUGGGCCUCAAUGUCUACUUGCUCCAAGACAGAAAGGUUGACACUGUCUGGCAGAAGAGGAAUGAUCAAGGAAAUAUGUGGCACCUGGCUCAGCUGGACUUCACAACAACUAGAGCUUUUCAGAUCAUCAUUGAGGGGCGUAGAGGCUCCAACGAAGAGUCUGAUGUGGCCAUAGAUGAUGUAAAGCUUUAUCAUGGUCGAUGCUCUGAUCUGAGUGAUGUUGUGACAAAUCCUCCGAAACCUGACGGAGACACAACAGCUCUUCCAAGCAUCAAUGUGCCAACCACUGCAGCUCAAGAGACUCCUCUGGUCAAUGUUACUGACCAGCUCCCUGUUACACCUCAGCCCCCUGUAGCAAAUGUCACCAUACCUUCUGCAGUGCAAACAACAACCCCCUUAAUUAACAAAGACAAUGUUACUGAAGCUCCAACAAACAAACCACCACCACACCCAGUGUGCCAACUGCACUGUGAUUUUGAGCAAGACCUAUGUCAGUGGAACCAACUUCUUACUGAUGUUUUUGACUGGACAAGGCAUACUGGCUCCACUCCUACUAUGAUGACUGGUCCUUCUUCAGAUCACACCACUGGAGAUGGCCACUAUCUUUACAUCGAAGCCAACAGUGUGACACAUGGAGACACGGCUCGUCUCAUAAGCUCAGAGUGUUCUGACUCUGGUCCUCAGUGUCUGCAGUUCUGGUACCACAUGUACGGUUCAGCCGACACAAUGGGCCUCAAUGUCUACUUGCUCCAAGACAGAAAGGUUGACCCUGUUUGGCAGAAGAGGAAUGAUCAAGGAAAUAUGUGGCACCUGGCUCAGCUGGACUUCACAACAACUGGAGCUUUUCAGAUCAUUUUUGAAGGGCGAAGAGGCUCCAACGAUCAGUCUGAUGUGGCCAUAGAUGAUGUAUCGCUUCAUCAUGGGCACUGCGCAGACCUUGGUAAACCAACAAAUCCUGCUCCUACAACCUUUAAUCCACCAACAACAGAAGGCACAGGGCUCCCACCAGAAAUCAGCUCAACACAACCACAAACAUCCACUUCAUCAGAAACAGACCCAGCGUCAACCUUUACAACAACAACUGCUACAACAACCCCCACAACAACUACAGCCACCACUAACUGUGAUACACUAAACACUAGAACAACACCAACAACUGUAACCCCAAAAACUUCAAAUCCUGAUUUCCCAACAAGUUCACAGCUACCCAUAACAUCAAAACCAAUACCUACAGCCACAAGUAAGCCAGAAACUACAGCUAGACCCCAGCCACCAACAACAGAGCAUGUAGGGGUUGAAACUUCAGAGCAACCAGAACCUGAAAUUACAGAAAGACCCCAAACAACAGCAAGACCAGAGCAACCACCUACAUUUACUAAUGAACCUCAGCCUCCAGCCACAAAUAAGCCACAGCCACCAACAACAGCUAGUUCACAAAAACCAACUAACACCCAGUCACAAACAACUGUUACACCACAACAACCAACCACAGCUAGACCACAACCUCCAACAACAUCUCAGAUGGCAUCCCAAACAACAAGUAGACCUAAACCUCCGACCACAACUACAGCAAAACCACCAUUGACAGCAAGGCCACAACCAUCAUCCACAGUUAAACCACAACCCACAACAGCUGAACCACAGUCCACAACAACAUCCAGGCCCCAACCUACAACAACCAUUAAACCACAUUCAACAACUGGCAGACCUCAGUCUACAACUACAACUAUUCCACAAUCGCCAACAACAGCUAGACCACAACCCACAACAGCUGAACCACAGUCCACAACAACAUCCAGGCCCCAACCUACAACAACCAUUAAACCACAUUCAACAACUGGCAGACCUCAGUCUACAACUACAACUAUUCCACAAUCGCCAACAACAGCUAGACCACAACCUACAACAACCAUUAAACCACAUCCAACAACAGACACCCCUCAGCCUUCAUCUACAGCUGCAUCACAAUCUACAACUGAGAGUCCACAACCAUCAACUACAUCUGUAACAACACCCUCUUGCCCACAGAACAGCCAUUACACCACUUGUAUCCCUGCCUGCAGUCCCACCUGUGCACACCUGAAUGGCCCACCAGGCUGCAGUGACAAUAAGAGUUGUAUACAGGGAUGUGUAUGUGAUGCUGGCUUUGUGCAGAAAGGAAGGGUUUGUGUGCCUAUCCAACAGUGUGGAUGUGUGGACAGGAAUGGCACUAAACAUCAAUUUGAUGAAGUGUGGUACGCCAAUCACUGCAGUCAGAAGUGUGAAUGUGAGAAACACCAAGGUGUGGGGAAGAUCGACUGUGAUAACAAAGAAGAAUGCGAUGGAAAUGCUGUCUGCCUUCAAAAUGAGGAGGGCGAUUAUUACUGCCAGCCUACAGACUUCAAUGAGUGCACUAUCAAGAAGGACAAUGAGUACAGAACUUUUGACAAAAUGAAGUACGACUUCGAAGGCGAGCACUCUUAUGUGCUGGUCCAGACCAAGAACUUACCAAAUAACCUUCAAGAGGUCUACAUCGAGGGCAUCAAUACACGCAUAGUACAUGAUGAUGAUGAAGAUAGUCAGCAGCAUGGUGACAGUAGCAGUGAAGAAGACCACAGUCGCAGUGACGAAGAUGAUGAUGACAGUGAAGAGCAUGAGGAACACCAGAUAUUACAAGAGCUUAAGAUCAGAGUGUACAAUCACACUGUGGAGUUAAAGAAAAAACGGAGGCUAGUCGUGGAUGGGAAAAGAACUAACACUCCUAUAGCACCAACUGCUGGUCUAAACAUCUAUGAGCACUUCUCUCGCAUUUAUCUAAAGACCGACUUUGGUCUCUCAGUGGAGUUUGAUGGACAAAGCACAGCAGAGAUUAUCCUACCACGUAUAUACAGAAGGAAGGUGGGGGGUCUUUGUGGGAACUUUGACAGUCAAAAGCAGAAUGACUGGAUGAAGCCAGAUGGUACCAGGGCCAGGAGUGUUCAAGAGUUUGGAGAGAGCUGGAGAGUGUAAAUAUCACAUGGAUACAGGGAUUCAACAUGCCACUUAAAAUUAUCAUGAAGAGGUUUUGACCACUGGUACACUCAUUACUGUGGGAGUUUACAAGAAACCUUAAUAUAGUAUAUGUGUCACCUAUAAAAUAAUAAAAGAGACAAUUCAUGCAGAGGUUGUUAAUCUGCCAUUUAUCUUCAUGAGUAAUCAUUUCGUCCACAAAAGAUUUUUUAAAAAAUGUAAAAAAAAAAAAAAAAAUUGUCCAACCAACAGUCCAAAAACCAAAGAACUGUCAUUUUUCAUCAUGCAAAAAAAUGACAAAAAAAGCAUCAAAUCAUCCUUCAAGAAACUAGAAGCAGCAAAUGUUUGACAUUUUCACUUCAAAAAUGACUAAAACAAUCAAUUUUCAUUUUUUUGUUGAUAUACACAAACUACAAAAACACUUUAACUGCCUACUACUGCACCUACCUUAUGGGAUUACGCAUUUGCUGUUUCAAGAAUCUUGUAUCAAGCUUUAAAGUAUUUUUUUAAGUAACUCACCUUUUUAAAAUCUCUUAACAUAUUCUUUCAUCAGUCUAUCAGACUUUACUCUUUGUGUCAUUACCAUGUGUGCUAUUUAUUCAUAAGUGAACCUUUGUGCAUACACUGUAUGCCUGUAUGUUUGACUAUAGAUGGAUUAGGUAUCACUAUCUGAAAUAAAUUUGAUGUGCAAUAACUAGUUAUUCAAAACACUGCUUGCACUUGUUGUACUGUUCAAAUAAAUAUACAGAGAGUUAG